AUGAAUAUAUUGGCCGCUACUCUGUAUAUAGCGGUGGUCAUCAGUAGCUUGGGAGGCUUAGCUUUUGCAGCACCAGCCAGCGGCGAUAUAGUGUCCGGCUUUGCCACGCAGUAUGGUGGCAAGCGGGACGGAGGAGACCCAAACAAGCCCGUGUAUGGGUUGUUGGAUGGAGCCUGCGGCUAUGGGGAGUUCUCCAAAACGGAGUGGCCCAACUGGCAGGUUGCCGCCAUCAGCCAGAGCAACCCAAUUGCGACGAGGGGUCAGCCUCAGAAACGCGGCUGUGGCGCCUGCAUCGAGGUAGCCUGCAACAGCACGGCGUGCACCGGUGACGGGAGCUUGACAGUAUUAGUGACUGAUGAUUGCAAGGACUGCAAGCCUCAGCAGAUCAACAUCAAUGCUCUGGCCUUUGAACGCCACAUCAGCAGUGUCAGUGGAUCUGUCGACGUUGUCUGGAGACAGGUUCCCUGCAGGCCCCCGGGCAACAUUCAGGCAAAGGUGCUGGACGCAAGCGGCUCAUACAUCCGCUUUGUCUUGCUUCAGGUUGCGGGAGAGUCAGGUUUCUCCAAUGUGGAGAUCCAGGGAAAUGGGCAGAGCAAUUGGGUGACGCCAAAUGGCGACUGGGGAACGCAGCUGCAGACCAGCUCAGCAGGCCAGGCGCCUUACAGCCUGCGCCUCACCCCUCGAGAUGGAAGCCCGCAAAUCAUCGCCAGGAACGCCAUCCCGGCCGCCAAGACAGGCACAUACGACACCGGCGUGCAGCUGCCGGCCGGCUCCCCCCUGCCGCCCCUGGCAUCCGCCCUGGCCAGCCCCUCCCCGGUUAUUAAUCCACCCCGCGCAGCGCCGCCGCUGCCACUGCUUCAACCGACCGCAGCCAAUGCCACAGCACCCGCCGUGAUCAACCCCUCAGCACCAGUGAUUGGCGCAGCGGCCCUGUUAAACAGUAGUGCAUCUGCUGCGAAUGUGCCGCCGGGCGCUGCGGCGGUAAAUGCGAGCCAGCAGGCGGCCCGGGACAAUCCGUUUCUGCCGUUCCGGCCGGUGCCGCCAAACGCGCUGAACCGGCCGCCGGGAGACACUGCGGUGGCUUCUGCACCAGUCGCAGGUGUGCCAGCGCAGGCCCCUCUACAGAGGCAAACAGCCACACCGGUGGCGGCAACAGUGCUGGUAAACGCACCAGUGCAGCCGCCGGCAGCAGUGCCCGUAAUAGUACCUACAGUGGUGGCCACCCCACCAGCACAGCCACCCACCGCUGUACCAGUGGUUGCGCCAAUUGUGGCGCCCUCAAAGGGUAUAUCCGCCGUCCCGACGACCUACCCGGCCUCGGAUGAGCCGCCGGUGCCGGCGCCAGUUUUGGCGCCCACCCCGGCGCCUAUUUUGGCACCCACCCCCGCGCCAAAUCAGGCGGUCGUUCCUGCGCCAGCUGGCGUGGCGCCAGAUCAGGCCGGCAGCCCUGCAGCGAGCCAGAACAGGCAGCUGCCGCUCUUCGUGAAACCGGCAGUCGCAGCGGCGGCCCCGCCGGUGCAGGCUCCUCAGCAGCAGGCUGUUGCCUCCUACAGCCUGCCGGCAACGGUGGCGCCACCGGCGGCAGCGGCAGCAGCCGGCAGCUUCCAGGCAGCUCCGCAGCCGGCGCCGGCCGCUGCGCCGGAGGUCUCAGCUCCGCCUGCGGCCGCGCCGGCGGCCGCCGGAGGGUAUCCUGCCGGCGGCGCGGUGGCUCCGGCAGAGCAGCCGCCCGCGGCGUCGCCGGUGCAACCGCCGCAGGCGGCAGCUUCGCAGCAGCCCGUGGCGGUAACGCGGAGCAGUGCCUCAGCUCAAGGCCCCUCACAACCAUCUAUGUCCCUGACUCUGGACCCUGCAGCCGUCAAUCUGACUGGCAGCGAUGCAAACGCGCCUGCCAUCAACGCAGAAGUAGGAAGGAUAUUGGACCCACAAAUUAGCCUGGGUACUUCAGCCGCCGGAAAGUAAUGCAUCAGUAAGAGCUUUUUGACAGCUUCUUCAUGUCAUUAUGAAAGUGAUGGUGCCGCGUACCCCUGGCGCCAAACCAGAUUUUUUCAAUUCGAAUAGCGAAAAGUUGAAGGGUGAAGUUUCUCUUUGUGCCUCUGUAUGAGAGCAGGGUGUAUGCGUAUUCCAUGCCCGACAAUUUUGACCUAAUUGAGCCCAAUUUGACGUGCACCCUUUGUGGUGGCCAGAUUUCAUUACAAAUGACAUAUGACAUAUUUGAUGCAGCAACGGAUGUUUACAAAGCGCAGUGAGAUUAAACAUCUCUCUCUGGGUUCUGAUGUGGUGUCUCUGUACUGGUUGCUGUGUGUCUUUGUUGUCGACUGUUGCAACCCAAUUGGUGCCAUGGCCAUUUUUACCAUCAUUCAAGUCUAUAUAAUCCGUAUCAGAAGCACUCUGGGUCCCUUCAGUCAUAAAUUAUAAGGAACAGCAGGGGCACCUCUUCCACCAGUACAUUGCACUGAUGCGCAACACAGCCAUGGAGGCUGCACAUGCAUCAGAUCACAGUGUAAACUGCACUAGCGCC